AUGGGAGAAGAAAACCAAACCUACGUGACUGUGACUGAGUUUAUUCUCUUGGGCCUUUCACAGGAUCCUCAGACACAAGUCCUGCUCUUCUUCCUUUUCCUGGCCAUCUACUUGCUGACUGUACUGGGAAAUCUGCUCAUCAUUGUGCUCAUUCACAUAGACUCCAGGCUCCACACGCCCAUGUACUUUUUCCUUAGGAACUUGUCCUUUGCUGACCUCUGCUUUUCUACCACCAUAGUUCCCCAGUUGCUAGUCCACUUCCUGGCAAAAAGAAAAGCCAUUUCCUUUGCUGGAUGCUCAACACAGAUAGUUGUUUUGCUUCUGGUUGGAUGUACAGAGUGUGCCCUACUGGCUGUGAUGUCCUAUGAUCGGUAUGUGGCUGUGUGCAAGCCCCUGCACUACUCCACCAUCAUGACUCAUGGGGUGUGUGUACUGAUGGCCUUAGGGUCCUGGGGCAGUGGAGUGUUUGUAUCUCUGGUGGACACCACCUUCACCUUGUGCCUGCCCUACCGAGGAAACAACGUCAUUAACCACUUUUUUUGUGAACCCCCCGCUCUUCUAAAGCUGGCUUCUGCAGACACCUACCGCACAGAAAUGGUCAUUUUUGCCAUGGGUGUGGUCAUCCUCUUAGCCCCUGUGUCCCUGAUCCUUGUUUCCUACUGGAAUAUUAUCUCCACAGUGAUCCAGAUGCAGUCAGGGGAGGGAAGACUCAAGGUUUUCUCCACUUGUGGCUCCCACCUCAUUGUUGUUAUCCUUUUCUAUGGGUCAGCCAUAUUUGCGUAUAUGAGACCAAAUUCCAAGGUAAUGAAUGAGGGGGACAAGGUGAUUUCUGUUUUCUAUUCAGUUAUAACAUCCAUGAUGAACCCAUUUAUUUAUAGCCUGAGAAAUAAGGAUGUGAAGGAAGCAUUUAGAAAAAUAAUUGGAAGAUAG